CAUUCGCUGCUCAUUGUUUGUGGAUACAGAAUAUACGGAAUAUGCAGAAGCUCAGUAUUUGGCUGUUACUUGCUCUUUUUGCCUGGAAUGCGCACGCGCCUUCAGCUGCAAUGCCGUCAGUGUGCCUGCUGCAGGAUGCGCCGCAACAAUGUGGCGAGUUCUGCUUAACAGCACUGAGCCCCAUGCUGGAUCACAUUGCCAGGCACGAGGGCGAGUGGACUUCGAGUGUUCUGCAAGCGAACGCAACGGAGGCGAGACUGGCCAGGAUCGAGACUCUGCAGACGGCGAUGAACAUCAGGCAGAAGGUCCUGCAAGAGGGCUUCCCUAAGGACAUCGUGGCGAGGCUGGAUAGACUGGAAAGCCAGCAGGCGGCGCUCUUGCGGAUACUCUCCAAGUUCGAUAGGAAAAUAGUUGCGCCCAAGUUCGAGCUAAUCGGCUCGAGGUUCUUCUACAUAGAGGACGAAACGCGUAGGAACUGGACCUCGGCUGGCAGCGCCUGUCGCCAAAUGGGCACCCAACUGGCCACCAUUCGCAGUGCGGAGGAGCUGGCUGCGCUCAGGGCCAAGCUGAACAAGGAGCGACACUACUGGCUGGACAUCACCGAUCUGGAGAAGGAGGGCGACUUCAGAAUCUCCGCGUCCGGCAAGAGGCCCAACUUCCUCAAGUGGAGAGCGGGCCAGCCCAAUAACUUCAGUGGCAAUCAGCACUGCGUUGAUCUUUUAGACGGGCUUAUGUACGACAACAAAUGCGAAAGUCUGAGCUACUUCAUAUGCCAGUCCGACGAUGAUAGUUUGGACUAAGAGUGGCCGCUAAAUACUUAGUUCGUUAGUUACAUAUACUAAGUCCAAUCAGUUCGUUUAACACCGAAAGCCAAGUCCAAGUACCUGCUCAUUUUUGCACAAAUCAUUAUAUUGUAUUUGUUACAAACGACGCAAUCUGGGAUCUUAACUCUUGCUCGAUUCAAUAGGGUUUCGUUUCAGCUUCUGGUUGAGGCUCCCUGAACUCACAGCUGAUAAACGUUAACGAGUGCCGGAGUCUGGGACAACUUUGCUUGCGUAUUUUGUUUUACAACAUGUUUGUGUUUGCCCCUGAUAUCCAAAAUCCAACAUCCAUCCAGAUAGAAGCGUGCUAAAUAUAAAAGUAUCUGAUAAUCGCUCUAUCUCUGACAUCUCCUCUCCGCCCAACCGAGCAGAUAAAGUCGUACAGC